GUUAAAUUAAUUGAAAACUAAAACCCAUUUGCCUAAUCAAAAUGGGUUUUUUGUUUGAUAAAUAAAUAGACUUGCCAUUUACGGUCAAUAAAUUUCAACCAAUAUCCUUUCGGAUUCUCCAACAAUUGGCGUAGGAAUUAAGCUGAUUAAUCCUUACCUUUCUCCACAGAUACCAUUUUUUACUUUUCUUUACGUCAAAUAGUUCGCGUAAGAAGUAAGCCUAGUAGAUGAUGCAGCACACAAUAUGAGUAAGCAAUCAUAUGUGAACCUCAACCUCUCUUCUAUUCUUCUUCUGUCACACAAAAACCAUGUCUUGCUUGAAUCUUAAGCUUUCACCGGCCAAGAAGACAUGGAAGAGCUUCACCUCAAAACUCAAAAUCAAACUCUGCAAAUCAAACUCAAAGAAGUCUAAAGUUAUCAAGAAACCCAGAAGCCGGCGGCUUCCCUUUGCUUAUACUUGUGCAAAGGCCCUUAAGCCAGGUCUCCGGCGGAACAAGAGGAGUCUUAGCAAGAAUAAGUACUUCAAAAAGAAAACAGCGCCUGUAUAUAUUGACAUGCUAUUUAAGGAGCCUGUGAUUGAAUUUGUAGAGCAAAUACAAGUGCCAAUUAGUGAAAACAGAGUGAAAGUGGUUCAUCCACCUAAACUGCCGUCUGCAGGGGAUACUAAGAUUGAAGGAGAGGAACCUUGUAAUACUGCAGGAGAUGAUAUGUGGGAAUCACUAGCACUGACAUCACCUCAAAUGUAUAGAAUAGAUCAGAGAGCUGAAGAGUUCAUCACUAGAUUCCGAGCAGAGAUGCAGCUUCAGGAGAUGAUGGCAACCUGCUUGCAAUGACUGUAACCCCAUCAAUAACAAAGGAUUUACCUCUUUCUUUGUUUCCUUUUUCUACUUCUCUCUCUUUUCUGGUUUGUAAUCAAUAACUACUUAUAAAGCUUUGCAGAAAUAAAAUAGUAUGAAAUUCUUUUGCAG